AUGGCGGCGGCUGCGAGUGGCUUCGCCGCCCCUCUUCCGUGGCCGAACAACGCAGAGCGAACCACCGCGGCCAAGUCCUGUUCGCAUUUCCAAAUCGGACCAUCUCGAAUCAGAGCGCCUGCUCUGAAGACCAGGUGUGAAAUCGCUUCUCAGAAUUCGGUUCAGGCCGUCACGAUCGGCUCCAGAUCUUCAUCGGCUCUCGAGCUGCUCAAGACCUCCUCCGCUGACAGAUAUACUAAGGAAAAGAGCAGCAUUGCAGUAAUAGGACUAAAUGUUCACACAGCUCCAGUUGAAAUACGUGAGAAACUUGCCAUUCCUGAAGCUCAGUGGUCGCAGGCCAUUGGAGAGCUCUGUGCUUUGAACCAUAUAGAAGAAGCUGCUGUUCUUAGUACUUGCAACCGUAUGGAAAUAUAUGUUGUGGCACUCUCCCAGAAUCGCGGAGUUAAGGAAGUCACUGAAUGGAUGUCAAAGUUAAGUGGUGUUCCUGUGUCCGAGCUUUCUAAGCACCGAUUCCUGCUGUUCAACAAGGAUGCUACUCAGCAUUUAUUUGAAGUAGCUGCUGGGCUUGAUUCUCUUGUCCUCGGGGAAGGCCAAAUCCUAGCUCAGGUUAAACAUGUUGUGAAAGUUGGACAGGGAGUACCUGGCUUUGAUAGGAAAAUCAGUGGGCUGUUUAAACAUGCAAUCACUGUUGGUAAACGGGUUAGAACAGAGACCAGAAUUGCCUCGGGGUCAGUUUCUGUCAGUUCAGCUGCUGUGGAGCUAGCUCUAAUGAAGCUUCCUGAACCUUCCUACGCUAUGGCUAGAGUUUUGGUGAUUGGUGCAGGUAAGAUGGGAAAGCUUGUGAUUAAACACUUGGUUGCUAAAGGGUGUAGAGAUAUGGUGGUUGUUAAUAGGAGUGAAGAGAGAGUUGCCGCCAUACGUGAAGAGUUCAAGGAUGUUGAAAUAAUAUACAAACCCCUUUCAGAUAUGCAAGCAAGUGCCAGUGAAGCUGAUGUCAUCUUCACUUGCACUGCAUCAGAAACCUCACUAUUCUUAAAAGAACAUGUACAGAUGCUUCCCUCCGUGAGUCCAGAACUUGGAAAACGGCUUUUUGUUGAUAUCUCUGUCCCUAGGAAUGUAGCACCAUGUGUCUCAGAUCUUGCGACUGCAAGUGUAUAUAAUGUGGAUGACCUCAAAGAGGUUGUGGCAGCCAACAAGGAAGAUAGGCUUCAGAAGGCUAUGGAAGCUUUGACAAUUAUCACUGAGGAGUUGAAUAAAUUUGAAGCUUGGAAGGAUUCUCUUGAGACUGUUCCUACCAUCAAGAAGUUUAGAGCUUAUGCUGAGAGGAUUAGGGCUUCCGAGGUUGACAAGUGUUUGUCAAAAAUGGGAGGUGAUAUUUCAAAAAAGCAACAAAAAGCAAUUUACGACCUUAGCAUGGGAAUAGUGAACAAACUUCUUCAUGGUCCAAUGCAACACCUCAGGUGUGACGGAAGCGAGAAUCGUCCUUUGAAUGAGAUAUUAGAGAAUAUGAAUGCUAUAAACAGAAUGUUUGAUCUCGAGACAGAUAUAUCAAUGUUGGAAGAAAAGAUUCGAGCCAAGAUGGAACGAUCCCAGAAGUAAUGGCUAUGUAGCUGGCAUUUUUUCUUUCUCCAGUUGCAAGUUCAUUGGAACUUCGGCUAUUGAUCAUGAUACACAAGUAUAUAGAUUGAGGCUGUACUAUUCAUUCAUUGAUACAAUUUUGGGACAAUAAAUCUCUCUCCCAUACAUAGCAACAGAUACUUCGCCUGAAGGCAACAAGCCAAAGUCUUGAGGUAUAACUUGAUGCUUAAUAUUUACAUAUAACAGAGAUUAGUCCUUCAGUUCAUUCUUGUGGUUUAACAUUUAAUUCAAGGUGAGUGCAACUGUUGACAGUUUACUUUAUGUCCAUCGUUUAUUUUUAUUUUAAUUGUA